AUGUCCCCACCUCUCACAAUGUCUGAACUGAGGAUAAUUCUGUUAGGAAAGAGUCACUCAGAGACCAGCAGUGUGGGGAACUUCAUUCUGGGUAGAGCUGCAUUUGAGACUGAAGUUCCUCCACUUUCAGUAGAUCAGCACAGAAAGUACGCCAGUGGAUGGGUGGAGGAGAGAUACAUCACCAUCAUCAAUGCUCCUCAUCUGUACAAUCCAGAACUCACUCAGACGACUGAGAGACUAAAAGAGUGUGUUUCACUUACUGCUCCUGGUCCUCAUGCUUUCUUACUCGUGGUGCAACCUCAGAGUUUUACAGAGGAGGACACGGACCAACUGAAACUCUUACUGAACUGUUUCAGUGACCGAGCACUAAACUAUUCUAUAUUGAUCAGUACUGACUGGGAGGCUGAAGAGGAAAAAUCUGCAAGUUUUAACACGUUUCUGGAUGAAUGUGAUGGAAGGUUUCACAGAUUUAAACACAGAGAUAAACAUGACAAGACUUCAGUUUGUCGACUGUUUGAGGAUAUUGACAAAGUGGUGAACAUAAAUGGAAGUCACCUCACAUGUGAGAUUUUUGAAGAUGCAGAGGAAACUUUGCAACAUUAUGACAAACAUGGAAAAGAUGAAGAGAGGAAAAGUGCAGGUUGUUCUAAAGAAAAAAGUAGCAAGAAGCCAUUUAACAGAGUAGAAAGUGUUAGAAAAGAUCCCACCGAGUUAUCCCAAGUUCCUGCCGAGUACCUCGACCUGAAAGAGGUUUUUAGUAGAACCCGAGCUGCUUCCCUUCCGCCUCACAGACCAUAUGACUGCGCCAUAGAUUUACUGUCUGGUACCAGUCCUCCUCGUGGACGGUUGUUUUCCCUCUCUUUACCAGAGCACAAAGCUAUGGACAAUUAUAUUCAGGAAGCAUUAGCCUCUGGUAUCAUCCGCCCAUCUGUUGAGGUGAAUGCCUUGAAUUUAGGUGUAGGAGCUAUUAUUUCCCAGUGCUACUCUGAUGAAAAAUUACACCCAUGCGCUUUCCUAUCUCACCGUUUAAUCCCUACUGAGUCCAAACACGAUGUGGGUGACCGUGAACUUACAGUUAAGAGGGCUCUGGAGGAAUGGAGACAGUGGUUAGUGGGGGCUCAGCACCCAUUCAUUGUCUGGACUGAUCACAGAAACCUGGAGUACCUGAAGCAAGCAAAAUGUUUGAACCCUCACCAAGCUCGCUGGGCCAUGUUUUUUAGUCGUUUUGAUUUUACGCUUUCCUACCGCCCCAACUCAAAGAACAGCAAGCCUGAUGCCCUGUCAAGGCAGUUUUCCUCAGCUGAGCAGGAGAACGACAAAGAACCUAUCAUCCCGAUCUCCCGAAUUGUGGCUCCCAUUCGCUGGGGAAUCGAGACGACGGUUAAACGGGCUCAACAACUGGAGUCUAACCCUGGAACCGUUCCAACCGGACUUUUGUACGUUCCUCAAGGGGAGAAAAAGAUGAAGCUUGGAGUGCAAGAAUCUGGAUGUGAAGAAAAGAUAAAAACAAAACAACUUUUAACUAGACUUCAUCUUCUGGACAAACACGAACUAAAAAUGAAAACUUCAGAUGUUCUUCAACUAACUUCUCAUAUAUUACAUUGUCAAGAACCUUGUGAAGAAAAAGAUCUGGUUCAAACCUUCCUACAAAGGUUGUUAAUGAUGAAUUACAGAGCAAGAUCCAUCACCACCAAAAAAGCUGCUUUAGACCCUUCUUCUCCAGGAACAGAUGAAGAAGAAGGUGAUGAAUUUGAUGAGUUUUUUAGUGAAAAAGGAAAAUCUUUUGAUGAGGACAGUUUAAAAAAUCCUAUUCACCCCAUGGAUCUUCAGAUGGCGGUGUUCCACUGCUCAGACAGUUUCCUGAAGCAACUAAUAGUAAAUAAACUCUCUCAGUGUCAGUACGCUCUGCCUCUACUGGUGCCAAAUCCAUUUACUGGAAAGAUCGAGUUUCCUCUGUGGACAUUUCGCCAAAUUAUUAAAAGUUGGAAAACCACUGACACUUCUGGUACCAAGAUCAGUAAAACCCAGCAUGUUUAUGAAGCAGAAACUCCAAUGGUGGUGUUCUUCAGGUUAGGAGACGUGUCCUUUUCCAAGUCUCAGCUGAUGAACAGCUUCAUCAAUGAGAAGCAGCAGACGUUCUUCCACAGACACUGUCGUGGCAGCAUUAAAAACCGUCUACUGAUGGAUGGAGUUGUGGAGAUUGCUUGGUACUGUCCAUCUGGAAAUGAAACUGAUCAUUUUACUGACUGUGUUGCUUUCUGUAAUCUACACGGUGAUGCAGAAACCAGUAAAGAACAACUGGAUAUUCUGACUGAAAUGUCGUCUGUAAAUGUUGUUCUUUUAUUUGAUCCUAAAAAUGGAAGAAAUAAGGAGAUGCUACAGAAGCUUCUGAAAGACCCCAAACCACUCAUCUGUCUCCUUUCUGAGGAUCAAUCAGGUGUCAGUAAGAUUAAGAAUGGAAAAUACAGAAUUGGUCUAAAAGACAGAAAUCAGUCAGACGUAUCAGAGAACCUCAGAACAAUCAUCACAGAGUGUCUGUCCAAGUCAUCUUCAGUUUUUAAACUUGAGAAUUUAUACAAAAACGAUGAGAUCAGCACAGAUGAAGAUGAUCCUGAAUGCAGGAAAGGAAAAGAAGCUGCACUAGAGAUAACAAAACAGCUGGAGGGGAAGGAAAUAUCCACAUUAAAGGAAACACACCUGCCCUGUCAAGGGAAGCUCUGGUAUGAGUGGUGUCAGAUAAACAAAGACUCACAUCGACUUCAAGGAAACUAUUUAGAAAUGCAAAAGAGUGAAAAACAAACACAAAUGAAAGAAAUCCGUGAACAGCAACAAAAAAAUGGAAAAUCAGGAUUUAUGAAACAAAUUAUUCCCUCACUGAAUUCUCUAUCAGGAAAUGAAAAAUCGUUCUUUAUUAAAUGGCUCGAGAUUCUACUGCAAAAACAAACCUCAGAUGAUCUUUCAGAUCUUCAUCACAAGUACAAUGAAACAUGGACAAGGGUUUUAGAGCUUAAAAAGAAACAUGAUAAAUCAGGAAAGAUGAAGGCUGAGCAAACAAAACUUGAAGAAAUAUCUGUAAAACUAAAUGCAGCAAUGUUUGGUCUGGAACACAUCUUCAGAGAGAUAGGUCAGAUAUAUGAGUCAAAUAUGUCCAUACAAACAAGUAAGAAAACCUUUAAAGAAAGCCUCUCUAAUCUUCCCAAACUUGCUGCAGAACUCAUAAAAUCUGGUCUUCCAAUGGAGCUGAUGGAUGGUGAUGCUGCUCAUGUUCCUCUGAUUUGGGUUUUAGCAGUUCUAGAUGAACUCAUAAAGAAACUGGGAGACCAGAGAGUCUUUGUGCUGUCAGUUCUAGGGAUUCAGAGCACAGGAAAAUCCACCAUGCUGAAUGCAAUGUUUGGGCUCCAGUUUGCUGUCAGUGCUGGAAGGUGCACCCGAGGAGCCUUCAUGCAGCUGGUCAGAGUAUCAGAGGAGAUGAAGGAGCAGCUGAAGUUUGACUACGUACUUAUUGUAGAUACUGAAGGGCUUCGAGCACUUGAACUUGCAGGAAAAUCCACUUACCAUCAUGAUAAUGAACUUGCAACAUUUGUUGUAGGUCUUGGAAAUCUGACUUUGAUCAACAUAUUUGGUGAGAACCCUGCUGAGAUGCACGAGAUUCUUCAGAUUGUUGUUCAGGCCUUCCUGAGAAUGAAGAAGGUCAAACUGGAUCCCAGAUGUAUGUUUGUCCAUCAGAAUGUUGGUGACAUCACAGCUGGAGAGAAGAACAUGGAGGGCAGGAGACGUCUACAGGAUAAACUGGAUAAAAUGACAAGAUUAGCUGCUAAAGAGGAAGACAGUGAAGCUGAGUGCUUCAGUGAUGUUAUUGCUUUCAAUGUACAACAUGAUGUUCAGUAUUUUGCACAGCUCUGGGAGGGCAGCCCACCAAUGGCUCCACCAAACCCCUCAUACAGUGAAAAAGUUCAGAAGUUAAAGAGAGCUAUUUUCACAAAUGCUACCAAGUCUCAUAGUAUGAAACUUUCAGAGUUUAAAUCUCGCAUCAGUGAUCUGUGGAAGGCUCUACUGAACGAGAACUUUGUUUUUAGCUUCAGAAACACACUGGAGAUUGCAGUCUACAGGAAACUAGAAACUGAGUUUGUAAAAUGGACCUGGUCCCUCAGAAGUGCCAUGUUAGAACAUGAAGAAAAACUGCACAACACAAUUAAAAACAGAAAACUGCAAAAGAUUGAGGACAAAGACCUUUAUGCUCACAUGAAGAAGACCAAAGAAGAAGUGGAGAAAUCAAUGAAAUGUUACUUUGAAGAGGACAGAGACAAAGACAUUUUAAUUCAGUGGAAAGUGAGAUGUGAAAACAAAAUUAAACAACUUCUUGAAGAUCUUGUUAAAAAUGCAAAAACAAACCUGAAUGUUUUUCUUCAACAGCAAAUAGCUCGAGAAGCUUUUGAUCACAAAAAGACAGAGUAUGAUGAAAAGCUCUUCAAUGUGAGUAAAGCACUUGCUCUACAACUAAAAAGCACAGAAACUGAUGAACGAGUCCUCAGACAGGAAUUUGAUAAAGUGUGGAACAAAUGGGUCACUGAUCUGACACAAGACACACCUGUAGAGAAACCAUUUGAUGUUUGGGAGGAUGUGAUACAGAUUCUAUCUGAAGGUCAUGAACAAGCUGCUUUAUAUGACCGAAUAUCUCAAGAAAAUUACACAAAGAUAGACAGACUGGGAGAUUAUUCAUGGUACAUUUUAAAGACAAUAAAAAUGAUUCCCUUUGAAGUCCAGGAAUCAGUGAGGAAGUUAAUCAACAAUGUCAUCCAAGAAUCUGAGGACUUAAUCAAGAAGAUCUGCAGCAAAAUUGCAGGACUGGGCUACAAAAACAGCUACAUUCAGGAAAUAACUGAAUAUGUCAAACACAGAGUUGAACAAUAUCACAGUGAGAACAAGAAAAUAAAGCUGAAGAAGGAAUUCACUCUGGAUCUCUGUCUUAAUGUGUGUAAACUUGCAAAUCCUGAAUUCACCAAGAUCCACCAACAGUUCAGAGAUGAAAAUGAUGUAAAAUUGUAUCUGGAAAAGCAGAAACCACAAUAUUACAGCGUCUUCCAAAACUACUGCAGAGGAGCAACAACCACAACAGUAUUUGGUGAACUUGUCUACAACAAUCUUGUACCAGCCAUCCUGGAAGCCGCUUACAAUAAAACUGCUAUUGAUCUGUCAACACAGAUGAGAUCAGACAUGCUAGAAUUUAAUGGUAACAGGUCACAGCUUGAGAAACACAUUUUGAAAUUUCUGGCAGAGCAGGAGAACUUUGAGAAGUACAUGAAGUACGUCCACCGUCCCAAGAAACAUUUUGAACAGUUUAUUACAGAAAAUGUUGAUAAAUACAUCACUGAAAAUAACAGCAAGGUUCUGAAUCUUCUCAAAGGAAACCUGAAACACAAAGAGCAGAAAGUGAUGAACGCUGUGAACAUCACAACUGAAGAAGUGAAGAAGAGCAGUCGUGAUGCAAACAUGUGGCUGAGAAGUUUGAACAUUUCACUAACAGAUGAGCUGAGCUUAAAAGAAAUAACCUGCACUGGUCUGGAGGAAAUUACAGAUUUAGAUUUUCUUCGGCAGGUUGUGUGUGAAGGUCUCACAAAGAUGAUGUCAGAACAACAUAAAAUCUUCAAAAGUGUAACAGACAUCAACAUGGAGAAGUUCAGGAAGAAACCAGAUGAGAUUCUGAUUGAACAUCUCUGUCAGUGCUGCUGGGUUCAGUGUCCAUUCUGUAAAGCCGUCUGCACCAACACAAUGGAGGAUCAUGAUGGAGAUCACAGUGUCCCCUUCCACAGAGUAAAUGGAAUCGCAGGAUGGUACAACAGAUACACAACAAAUCUCUGUGCUAAUAUUUGUACAACUUUAGUACAAAGUGAUCAAGGUUUCUACCCCAGUCAUGAUAUAGAUCAUUUCGUACUCUACAAAAUCUACAGAACAGCAGGAGGAGAAUAUGCUGAGUGGAGCAUCACUCCUGAUAAUUCAGAGCUCCCAUACUGGAAGUGGUUUGUGUGCAGAUUCAAAACAGACCUGGAAAUGCUUUAUGGUAAAACAUUUCAGGAAAAGGGAAAGAUUCCCACUGCAUGGAGAAAAUACACAAGAAAAGAAGUUAUUGAGAGUUUGGAUGAUUACAUCUGAAGAAUAAGACACACACACACACACACACACACACAAUAUGUAUGUGUACACACAAAUUACAUACACAGACACACAUGGGGUGUGUUCGAAAAGCUAGCUCUCUCUCUACGUCAUCCUAUGCGCACUCCCGAGAAAUAGGCUGUUCGAAAUUCUAGAUGCCUUAAUAUCCUCACUAGUUAGGCAUCUUAACAUUUCAAUGUAAUUUUGACUCAAGAACGAGGGAGCAUCGGAAGCGUCCUUAGCGAUCAAGGCUAUCCCAGAAUUCAAUGCAGCAUAACUUUUCUCACAGAAAAAAUAAAAUAACAUGGCUGACGGUGGAGAGAAACUGAGUUAUUGUCAAAUGUAAAUAAAUUAUUGUUAUAUUUAACUUGUAUAAACUUGUACAUGUGUUUUUAUUUGCAAAUUUGGGCUUGUCAGUGAAUGUAACCGUUUUUGGUACACGAAGGGAGAUGUUAGUUGAUAUGCUAAUGCGCUGUGCCACCCCAUCCCAUUGGUUUUAAUGGCAAGAGGAUAACUAUGUUAGCAUAGUAAGCAAAACUCAAUGUUAUCACUGUCUAAGUAGUGCGUUCAAAUAACCUGACUUAUAAGUCAAUGACAAGUCAAUAUUAGAAUCCUCUCUACUGAGGCAGCUCACUAGGUUUUCGAACACACCCUAUAUGUGUACACACAAUAUAUACACACAAACUCUACAUACACAGACACACAUGAUAUACAGUAUGUAAACACACAAAAGAUUCAGUGAUUACCUAUUAGCAUGAUCAGAUGAGUAAUCAUUUAUAUUCUCAGUGUUUUAUAAAGAGUCAUUUAAGUUUUAUGGUUGUGGGAUUUAUAGAUUAGUAGAAUGUGAAAGUGAAUUUGAUCUUUUUCUUCUUAAUGAAUGUAAUAAUGAUUGUGGUUUUCAAUGUAAGUGCAUGUAACAAUAAAUAAAGAUCAAUAUCUCAAAGCUCA